GUUUAUUUCUGUCUCUAUUUUUCUCUUUCUCUUUUUCUUCUCUCUUCUCUCUCGGGUUUCCAAAUGAUUACAAAGCGUCCUUUCAUUUCGGUACUCUAUGACGAUUGCGGUGGCUGUAGCGAACGAGCGGAAGAUCACUUUUACGACAUUACCGCGAAUCUACCCGUUCUCGGGUGAGUUUUAGGGUGAAUCACGCUUGCGCAAGUCCAACAAGAGGUGCCGGAGCCAGAACGACGUGCAACAACCAUGCGAGCUUUAGUUUUCGCCAGGGCCUCGUCGCGAAAAAAGGGUUGCACCCCAGAAGUUUUUUCAUUGUACUCCGACAGGUCGCCUCGUGGCGCGAAUUGCUCGUUUUAAGGACGAUAAAUGCACUUCGAUCGUAGAGAUCGCGUCGCGAAGGUGUCCGUAGUGGCGGUACCGCAUCGUCGGGCAAUUAAAUGAAAGUGAAAGCGGUGUUUGCAUCGUUAUUGAAAGCGGCUACUUUGCAUUUUACUCUUAUCAGUGUGCUGAAUUCGAUUCGUGCUUUAAAUCCUACGUUAUAUAAAUAGUGUGCGCGCGCUUCUUUAACUCACUGUUUAAAUAAAUAAAAAUUAUAUUUCAGCUGUCUUCCCUCUUCUAUACAAACUUCCGAGCUUCGAAAAAAUCGCGGAAACUGUGUAAUCGCGAGCGUACGUUUGGGAUUAAUCCAUGAUCGAAUUUAUUAAUCCUUUCUUAGCCGAGCGACGCUAGGUUUUGACGAAAGACCACGUGAGGUGUAUGAAUGGAGGGAAAGACGUAGCGGAUCUAACAAUAAAAGAGUCGCGAUACAUGACAACUUGCGAAGUUCCUAGUAGCUGUAUGGCAACGUCCACGGUGGCGGAUCAUCAUGAGAUCGUCGAAAAAGUUUCUCCGGACCUUUCCGAGCGCAUUUCCAUGAACGUUUGUCCGCCGAGUAGCUUCCCAGACAAGUUUCAAGAUUUCUUCGCGGCACUUACCGAGGAAGGUGACGACUUACCCAGCAUGCUCGAGAACAAGCUUAUACCGAAAAAGUUAGACGGCACAAGCGUCGACGCAAAAAAUCGGCGAUGGAGCAAGAGGACUGUCCAGAGGCGAAGCAGCGAGGUGGAGGUUCGUCUGCAUCGCACCACGUUGUCCGGAUCUCAGGGUCACAGCUGCACAGACGGAUUAAAAUCGCCGAUCCCCUCCAGACGCAGAAGCUCGAGCAUCGCGGUCGCCAGACCCACGCCGGAUUUGCAUAGGUUUCUGCAAGCGGAAGCCGGUCCCUGGGGUCACCUGUCGCCUUCGGCCAGAAGCCCCACCAGGACACCGGCGUUAAGUCCCGGCACCUUAUCGUCCUUGUCGCAUCUGAGCGCGAACGCGAGUCCGAGCGGACCCAGUCCGACGAGUCCUUCCGGUUCGGCGGCCGGAAUUCGCGGGUCCAGCCAGUAUCGCAAUAGGACCAGCAGCAUGCCGGCAGUUCCACGGCACAGGCCAAUGCUGGCCGAUACGAAACGCAGCAAUGCAACGGGAGGCGAGGAGGGCGAGACCGAAGACGGGGUGGAAUAUUACAGGCUACGAUCCUUCUCCAUAACGGCGAACGGGGUUUCCAACUUGGGCGAUUCAUUAAAGACGCGACGCAGCAGGAGCAUUAACAGCGUCACUUCGUCCACCAGUUGUAGCAGUACUCGGGAGAGCAGACUGCUCAGUUCGGCCUCGCAGCUCUCCGACAUAGAAACGGGGGAGGAAGCCAGUAACGAACGGGUGACGACUUACAAAGUAGGCAUGCUGGGCGCGUCGGAAGUCGGAAAAACCGCCCUCACUGCACAAUUCACUACGAGCGAGUACAUUUGCGCUUACGAUGCUUCCCUCGAUGAGGAAUACGGACAAAAGAGCGUCUCCGUGAUGCUCGACGGUCAAGAAACGGAAUUGGAGAUCAUCGAUCAUCCCGCCGCGGAAAUGUCAGUCGAGACCUUUUGUUCGACCUACAAUCCGGACGUGUACGUGGUGGUGUAUUCGGUAGUGGACAGAAGAAGUUUUAAAGCCGCCGAGGAGACGUUGCUCUAUCUGUGGAAGAGCGAUUACAUGGCUACUCACGGUGUCAUUUUGGUCGGUAAUAAAGUCGACCUCGAAAGAAAGCGGGAGGUUCCGUCAGUGGUCGGUCGCCGUCUGGCGAACAACUGCGGCUGCAAAUUCAUCGAGACCUCGUCGGGUCUAGCCCAUCACGUGGACGAGCUCUUGGUCGGCAUUCUGGCGCAGAUCAAGCUGAAUCCGCAGCGGGACCAAGCGACCAGACGCCGUCGGAGCAAGCACCGCAGGCGUAUUCUGAAGCAUCUACUCGGUUUCAAGAGAAAAACCAAGAGCUGCGAGAACCUCUUCGUUCUCUAACGUACCUUAUGCCUUCGCGCACGGCGAAGAUGAUGAUUUCGCCGGAUAACCGGAUAUCUCCUCGAGCGAUUGUCGUCUCAAUCGGUCCGAGAAAAAAAAACGUGUGCUAUCUACGACAAGUCUUGUCGAUCGCGCUCACGUAAACGAGAAACGUAUCUGAUAAAAGCGGAAUCGGCAGCGCGAAGCAGGAAUAUCGAGCAGGCUCUCGUGGCACCAAUUGUAGUACAGAGGAGUUCGCGCGAUACGCGACGAAAAAAAUCGUCGUUUUUGCAGGAAAAUAAGAUAGGUAUCGCUUCAUCAUAUAAUUUCGAAGUGAAUUUCUUUUUAUAUGUCGAUACGUGACGCACCGGAUUAUUAAAGCGAAGAGGAUUAAUACGAAAUUCUGUUGCGAAAUGCGCAUUUACAUGCGUGAAUAAUGAUUUUAUAAAAGAGUGUUAAUGUGUAUGUAUCGU